AUGGAUAAGUCAUGGAUGCACUCGGAUAGAAGAUCGAAGGCAUAUGAGUUAGGGGUGGAAGCAUUUUUGAACUUUUCUGUAGAAAAUCUUCUAACUACCACACAUAUCCGUUGUCCAUGUGUUAAAUGUGUUAAUUUGAAAUUGUUUGGGGUUGGAAUUAUAAGGGAUCACUUAUACUUUAAUGGAGUUGACCAAAGCUAUAAGAAUUGGACAUUUCACGGAGAACCUUGGGAAGCAGCUACUAAUGCUAGUAGAAAUGUUGAAGAAGAUGAUGACCAUAGUAGGUACAGUUUUGUGUCUGAAGAAAUAGAGAUGGAUGAUAAUGAUUUUGGUGAUUUUGGAUCUGAUCCUUAUGAGUUUGCCAAUGUGAUUGGGGAUGGAGAUCAACCAUUGUACCCUGGUUGUAGAAAGUACACGAAGUUAUCGGCAUUAGUGAAGUUGUAUAAUUUGAAGGCAAAAUAUGGGAUGAGUGAUGUCUGUUUUACAGAAUUAUUGAUACUUCAAGGCGAUUUGCUUCCAGAAGGAAAUACAAUACCGGCCUCUAUGUAUGAGGCAAAAAAGACUUUGUGUGCAUUGGGGCUGAGUUAUGAGAAAAUGCACGCAUGCCCCAAUGAUUGCAUCUUGUAUAGGAAGGAGUAUGAGGAUUUAACUCAUUGUCCUAAUUGUGGUAUCUCAAGGUGGAAGGAAGGCAAAGAUUCAAUCUUGAAAGAGGGUGUGCCAGCGAAGGUGGUGUGGUAUUUUCCUCCAAUUCCAAGGUUUAAAAGGAUGUUUCGAUCACAUGAGACCGCUAAGAGUUUGACUUGGCAUGCUGCUAGAAAAUCAAUUGACGGUUAUAUGUCUCAUCCAGCGGAUUCCCCGUCUUGGAAACUUCUUGAUGAUAAAUGGCCCGAGUUUGGUAAUGAGCCGAGAAACUUGAGAUUGGCUCUUUCAUCUGAUGGAUUCAAUCCCCACAGUUCUCUAAGUAGCAGAUAUAGUUGCUGGCCAGUUAUCUUAGUUACAUAUAAUCUCCCUCCAUGGCUGUGCAUGAAACGAAAGUUCAUGAUGUUGACCUUAUUGAUUUCCGGUCCUAAACAGCCCGGAAAUGAUAUAGACGUCUACUUGGAGCCUUUGAUUGAUGAUUUAAAAUCUUUGUGGGAUGGGAUUGGAGGAGUGUAUGAUGCACAUAAUGGAGAAUACUUUACACUCAGAGCUGCAUUAAUGUGGACAAUUAAUGAUUUCCCCGCCUAUGGAAACUUAUCUGGUUGUGUUGUUAAAGGAUAUAAAGCUUGUCCAAUAUGCGGCGAUGAUACACCUAGUCACAGGUUGAAAAAUGGCCACAAAAUUUGUUACAUUGGGCAUAGAAAAUGGUUACCGAUCAAUCAUCCAUAUAGGAGGCAACGUGCAGCUUUUAAUGGGAAACCUGAAUAUGGCACGCCUCCUGAGCCAUUAACCGGAGAAGAAGUGCUGCAUAUGGUUGAAGAUGGUGACAGAGUUUGUUGGAAGAAGAAAUCAAUAUUCUUUGAUCUCGAGUAUUGGAAAUACCUUCCUGUGAGGCAUGUCCUAGAUGUUAUGCACAUUGAGAAGAAUGUUUGCGAUAGUAUCAUUGGUACAUUGCUGGAGAUCCCUGGAAAAAAUAAAGAUGGGAUUGCUGCUCGAUUAGAUUUAUUGAACAUGGGGGUCAAAACUGAUUUGCAACCCGAGUAUGGAGAAAGACGUACUCGUUUGCCUCCCGGGCCUUGGAAUUUGUCAAGAGCAGAGAAGAGAGAGGUUUGCAAUUCUUUCUAUGGUAUGAAGGUCCCUGAAGGUUAUUCUUCAAAUAUAAAAAAUCUUGUAUCUUUACAAGAUUCAAGACUUCUUGGCCUUAAAUCACAUGAUUGUCAUACCUUAAUGCAACAUUGCUCCCUGUGGCAAUUCGUUCUGUUUUGGAGAAGCCUGCAAGAAGAUGUAGUAGUUACUGUGUUUGUUGAGAAGUACUUUCCCCCUUCAUUCUUUGAUAUCUGGUUCAUCCUAGUAGUACAUCUUGUCAGAGAAAAUCGUACUCGUCCCGAAGGUUGCAUUGCUGAGCGGUAUAUAGCUGAAGAAGCUGUAGAGUUUUGUACCGAGCAUUUAUCUGAUGUUAGUACAGUUGGAGUGCCUUCAAGCCAAAAGAUGGGAGUUUCAAAGCCAUUAUCAGGUUGCACAGUGAGCGUAGUUGAUCGGGACCUGUUGAACCAAGCACAUCUAUAUGUCUUGGAGAAUACGGAGGAAGUCCUACCUUAUAUCGAGCAACAUAUGAUCCACAUCCAGACCGCUUAUCCAAAAUUUAGAAAGAGAACAAAGUGGCUGCAGGAUAAGCACAAUAGCACUUUCAUUCAAUGGCUACGCUUCAAGGUUCAAAGUGAACUUAAUGAGGAAGACAAUCAUGGCGUAUCAGAAAAUUUAAGGUGGCUAGCAGCUGGUCCAAACAUGGCAGUGCCAUUAUAUAGGAGCUAUCUCAUUAAAGGUAUUAAAUUCAACAUCAAGGCACAAGAUGAUGUGCGGACAACUCAAAAUAGUGGAGUUUAUUUACUUGCACAUACUAUGCAAGUUGCUAGUGCCAAGGAUAAAAACCCAAUUCUCUCAAAUAUGGGUUUCUAUGGUGUCAUUCAAGAAAUUUGGGACCUUGACUACCAAAAGUUUACAAUCCCAGUCUUUAGGUGUGAUUGGAUUGAUAAUACUUCUGGUCUUGUAGUGGACGAACUUGGAUUUACCCUUGUAGAUUUGAGUAAAAUUGGACAUAGGAAUGACCAAUUUGUUUUGGCUUCUCAAGUCAAACAAGUAUUUUUUGUUGACGACCCGAUGCAUCGUGGUUGGUCGGUAGUGUUAUCAAUGCCUAAUAGAGAAUAUAAUGAUGUUAUUGGUGAUGAUGUCUUAGGUGAUGUGAGAAUUGAGUGUGAGCCAUUUACUAGGGGGAUGCCAAAUGUUGACACAUUUGAUGAAGUGGUGGUUGAGUUAGGGAGUCAAAAUAUUCGAGAUGGGUGUGAAGAUAUAUGGGUUGAAUGA